UGCACAGCUCGGGCCGGCCAUGAUGAUUGAGUCAGACGUCUCCGAGCCUCCGUUCACUACGGAGUGUUGUGGGGAGCUGCUGUCAAGGCGGACUUUUCCUUGGGCACGUAGUCAACACAAACUCCUUGCAGACGUCACUGUCAGCUGAGAAUAUAAGAGCCCUCCAUGUCUGACUGUCAACAAGACCACCUCGUCACUGUGUCGGUGUGUCAGGACUGUCAGCAAGGACGUCACUGUUUCACUGGUCUGUCAGGACUCUCAGCAAGGACGUCACUGUUUCACUGGUCUGUCAGGACUCUCAGCAGGGCCACAAUGAGAUGUCUUAUUAGUGUCAGCAAUUUUGUUUAACUUGUUUAUUAUUAAACAAUUUUAUAUAUUUUAAGAGAAAAAUUAUCUAUAACGAAUAUUGAUAUAAUUACCUUCCACAAUAUAGUUGGUGCUGCCAGACAACGCGGCUCAAAGACAAGAUGAAUCCUUUAAAUCAAAAUAUUCUCACCCUCGCUGCUCUUGGGCGACCAUUCAGCCUUGGGAUGCUGUACGACUGUAGGACUGAUAACGUAAUCCCUGGUAUAACUCUCUGGGACCAAGCAAAACUCAAAGAAAAAGCCGUGCAAGAAAAUCAUACCUCAGACUUCAAAUUUAUUGCUUCUGAUUCUCUGGAAGACAAAGCUUUAGCUCUUGAUGUCAGUGCAAGUCUGAAGCUGAGCUUCCUCGGAGGUAUGAUAAAACUGUCUGGAUCUGGUAAAUACCUUGAGGAAAGGAAAUCUUCCAUGCACCAGGAAAGAGUCACUCUGCAGUACAAGUGCACCACCAAGUCUGAGCAGUUGACAAUGGAGCAGCUGGGUCAGGGUCAGGUGCAGCAUCCAUACGUGUUUGAUCAUGGAACUGCCACUCACGUCGUCACUGGAAUAGAAUACGGAGGACACGCUUUCUUUGUCUUUGACAGACAGAGUUCCUCCUCCUCAUAUAACAAGGAGGUUCAUGGAGAUCUUAAGGCUAUGAUAGAAAAAAUACCCUCUUUGCAGAUCGAUGGAGCAGGGCAAAUUGAUAUAACUGAAAAUGAGAGGAAGAAAGUAGAAAAUUUUAGUUGUAGAAUUGUUGGAGAUUUUCGGUUACGAGAAAACCCUAGCUCCUUUGAAGAUGCAGUUCGGAUCUAUAAAAAUAUACCGACUCUCUUAGGAGAGCAUGGACAAAAUGCUGUUCCAGUCAAAGUUUCAUUAUAUCCUCUCGCUCUUCUGGACAGUAAAGCGAGUAAAUUAGUUCGUGAAAUUAGUAUAAAUUUGACGAGGGGAACCGAACGAAUAAUUGAAGAUCUUCAUGAGUUAGAUAUGAGGUGCAAUGAUUUACGUAAUUCUUCUGCUGCAGAAAAAUUCCAUGCCAUCAAAUCGGAAAUAUCUGACUUUCAAUCAGAAAUCGAUACUUACAAGCGUGGAUUACAAGGACAACUGUCAGUGCUGCUCCCCAGCAUCAGAGGGGGCGGUGAAGAGGAAUACCACCUGGCAGAGCUUCUCAAGAAGAAAGAGGCGUCUCCAUUCAGUUGUCAUAAACUGAACGCUUGGGUUCAAGACAAAGAAAAGCUUGUUAAAGUUCUCGGUGAAUAUACGAAAGCUCUCUCGGAGAUUAAGUUUGCUUCACAACCUGGGGAUUUAGAGUCAAUGAUUAUGAGUCCAGAGAAUGACUGCAUUCUUUGUUUUAACAUUCUUCGGCCACACAGCAGUUCUCAUCUUUCUGAAAUGAAAAAAUAUAAUGGACAAGAAUUUGACCAUGAGAGUGACCAUACAGGUGUUGAAGAGCAUCUUAACAGCCUCCCAGGGAAAGAUGAUGAGGGGGAUCAAAUCUCCCCGAUGGAGUCAACCAUACUCUUCAGAAACUUCUUUAUCUCCAACAAAGAGCGAACAGGAACCGCCUUUGUAGUGGCACUGAAUUUGUCUGACACAUCGGAAUAUAAGGCUUUUAUACAAUGCUACACAAAAGGAGAACUCAUAAAUAGGAAUUAUAUACUUCCCUCUGCCCCAAGAAUGCUUCAAGCUGACAGUGAAGGAAUUACUCAUAACAGCAUAACCAUUAACUGGACAGUUCCAAAAUAUGGAGCAUCUAAUAUCCAAAAAUAUGAAAUACUUUGUCAAGAAGACAAUACUGACCAACCUAGGAAAUAUACGACAGAUCCUAACACACUCAACCUCACUAUUCCAAACCUUAAUGCAAACUGUGUUCACCGGGUGUGUGUCUGGAGCUGGUGUGAGGCAGGACCUGGUCCCAGUCACACAGACCUAGCAGUGUCCACCAGGCCGACCAGCCCUCCAGGGAAGCCUCAGGUAUGGCAAACGUCACCGACAACUGUAGAAUUACAGUGGACUCAACCAGAAUGUGUUGGUGCAGGAUGCAGCAUACAAAAUUACAUAAUCAAACAGCUCCAGGAAAGUUCAAACACAUGGGAUACAAUAGCAAGCACGAAGUCAGAUGAACUUGCCUAUUCAGCAAAAGUAGCAGAAAACGCUAUCCUGACGUUCAAGGUUGCUGCUUGUUGUGGUGCUGCAGGAUGCAGUGUGGACAGUGAUCCCAAUGAUCACGUUUCAAAGAAAACUGAUGACAAGAUUAUUGGAGCUGAUAACAAGAGUUUAGAACAUGAAAGCAGAAAAAAGCUGAAAGAAAAAUUGUGUGGUGUAUCAAAACUUGUGCAUAUGGGUGACCCUUGCAUUUACUUGCUUGAACCAAAAUUAGUUAUUUCUAAAGAUCAAGACUUGAUAAGAAAGUAUGAACUUGGCAAACCAAAAUAUGAUACUGAUGAAAAAGUUAUCUUACUUGUCGGAGCAACUGGCUCAGGCAAGACAACUUUGAUCAAUGGCCUCAUCAACUACAUCUUUGGUGUUAACUGGAAGGAUGCUUUCCGCUUCAGAUUAAUAUCUGAAGUGACUGACAGCAACCAAGCCAAGAGCCAGACUAAGCACAUCACCUCCUACACCAUUCACCAUCAAGAAGGCUUCAACUUUCCCCACACGCUGACCAUCAUUGACACUCCAGGGUUUGGCGACACCUCUGGAGUGAUGCGAGACAGGGAGAUCACCAGUCAAAUCCACAAGUUCUUUACCACUCAAGGUACCGAAGGCAUUGACCAUAUUGACGCAGUAGGCUUUGUAGCCCAGUCCUCACUCCCGCGGCUGACUCCAACACAGACUUAUAUUUUUGACCAAAUCCUCUCCUUGUUUGGUAAGGACAUUGCCGACAGCAUCUUUUUACUGCUAACUUUUGCUGACGGGCAACCACCACAAGUUCUCAGUGGAAUAAAAGAAUCUGGUAUACCAUACCGUAAACAUUUCAAGUUUAACAACUCUGCUUUAUAUGCCAACAACAUUCAACAUAAUGGCAACACUGCUCAUGAAGUUGACAGUGAUGAAGAAGGUAAUUUUGAUGAAAUGUUCUGGCAGAUGGGAGCCAAGAGCUUCGGUAUUUUUCUCAAUCAGUUAAAUAUAGUGAAGAGAAAAAGUCUCGUACUAACUCAAAAUGUCCUUAAUGAACGUGCUCAACUACAAAUUUACAUCUCAGGGAUACAGCUAGAAAUCCAGAAAGGCCUCAGCACUCUAGAAACAUUAAAAAAAGAAGCAGAAAUAGCGAAGACUCACCAAGCUGACAUAGAUAAAAACAAAAACUUUACUUAUACAGUGGAUGAGGAAGAAUAUAAACCGGUUCAAAUUCCACCUGGCACAUAUAUAACUAAUUGCCAACAGUGUAACCGUACAUGUCAUGAAAUUUGCAUGAUUGUUGAUGAUGACAAGAAAUAUAAUUGCUUGGCAAUAACUAAUGAUCACUGUACCGUUUGUCCUCAUAAGUGUCACUGGACAGUGCACAAGAAUUUUCCUUUCAAGUAUGUUCUUCAUGUCGUGAAGAAGACAAAGACUGCAAAUGAAUUACGUGAGCGCUAUGAAAAAGCUAAACAGAAGAAACUCUCUGCCGAAAAUCUUAUUUUAGAAAUUCAUGAUGAAUUUAAGGCGGUACAGCUGAGAGUUUUGGGAAUGACCGAGUCUGUGAGGAAGUCUCUAGAGCGCUUGCAGGAAAUAGCUCUCAAGCCAAACCCUCUGUCAACAUUGGAAUACAUUGACAUCCUGAUUGAUUCUGAGACAUCACAGGCACAUCCAGGCUGGAAGGCGAGGGUUGAGCAGCUGAGAAUGGUCAGAAAAGAAGCAGAAUACAUGAAGAGGAUUGCUGAUCAAGGAUUUGACCCGUUUGAGGAAUAUAUAAAAAAGAUAAACAUAGAAAAGAUCUCAAACCCAAAGGGUAUAUGGGCAGCUGCAGGACAAUACAUACGUAACAUCUUCAAGUGAUAUAUUAUUAUGUUGAAAUCUUCUCAAAGAACAUGCAAAGGACAUAUUUUAUUCUGUAAAAUUGUGUUGGUGCCCUGAUUCAUCGGUGUUCCCAGCUGUCAGUGCCCACCUAUUGAUGCCUUUGGUGCUUCUAGCUCUCAAUGCGCAGUUGGUGAUGUCCCAACCAUCAGUGCAUCCAGCUAUCCAUACCCAGCCGUAGGUGUUCUGCAGUCAUUGCUGUUCCUUAUAAAUCUGGAUCCUAGUCAUCAAUGCCCCCAUCUAUUCGUGCCCCAAACGGUUGGUGCCAUCAGCAGUAAGUGCCCAAACCAUCACUGCCCCAACUAUUGGAGCUUCUAGCCGUCAGUAUCCAAACAUUUGCUCCGUUGUCUGUUCUUUGGGAUGAUUUGUUUAAUAUAAUUAUAUUUAAAAGAAAAUAUAUAUUGCAAAUUUUGAUUUGUAAUUCAUACAUACAAUGCCAGAAACAAGCAUAGUUUUCAGGCAUCAUAAAUUGUUUAAUGUUAACAAUUUUAAGCUUAGUGGUAGUAUAAGUUACAAUUUUCUGGGUACGGAUGGAAGUGCUCACCAUCACACAGCCUCACUCCUCUACUACACAACCCAUCACCGCCAGGAAUCCUUCGUUGGUAGGUCAGUCAUGCAAAAUAUAAGUGAUCUGUGUGUGUGGAACUUGUAAUACAUAUGUAUCUUUGGAAAAACAAUAUUAUGAUAGGAUAUUAAAGGAACGUUAGUAAGUAAAUAGAAAUUGCUAAGCAUUAAAACUUAGAGAGACCCAUGGUUGCUCGAGGCAAGGUACUUUAUUUCAUAAUGUAAUUUGUAACUUAAAUAGGCAGUUUAGAAAUUAUAGUUCACCAAGGUUACAAUUUUGUCAGUUUAGAAAUUAUAGGCCUACAUAUUAAAUAAAUCAUAGCAAAUCAAAUUUAGAAGCCUAAGUCCUAUUUUUUGUGUUGCCUUCCAAUCUCCGGCCAUCAUGGAAUGUUUUAAAAUAAAAAAUAAAGAAGCAAAACAUCUUACCUAUCCUAACCAAGGCAAAUACAUGCAUUGAACACAGAUAAACUGUGUUAUAUCUAAAUGUUGCAAUGAUUAACUAAUCAUUUCCUUUCUUGAAAAAUGCUGUUAAGCUUUUAAUAGGCUUCUAUGAACACAUUGUUUUACAGAACGUUUGCAAAAGUAUGUAUUAGAUUAGAUAACAGUACUGAUUUUUGUAAUAUGAUUCAACACUGAGUAAUUUAAUAAAAAUUCAUUAAUUAC